AUGUCGGAUCAGAAAGUAGAGAGCAAAAUACAAAUUCGACAGGCCAAGAAAGAAGAUAUGUCGGCAGUCGCAGAAAUGAUACAGGAAUUGGCCGACUUCGAAAAAAUGCCGACUGGCCCUAAAAUGUCUGUUAAAGAUCUGGAACAUGAUGGGUUCGUUCGAGAUCCGCCUGCCUUCCACUGCAAGAUAGCAGUUGAUGAUUCUAUUGUGGGCACAAACCCUGUGGUGGGGUAUGCACUUUACUUCCCUACUUACUCCACUUGGGAGGGACGCUCUAUGAUGCUGGAAGAUUUGUAUGUCCGUACGAACCAAAGAAGUAAAGGCAUCGGGAAGAAACUUUUUAAAUCUGUGGCUAAGGAAGCUAAAAAAACUGGUUGCAGCCGCUUAGACUUCCAUGUGCUUGAAUGGAACCCAGCACGGUCGUUCUAUGAGAAUGAGGGUGCAGUGAACAUGACAAAAUCAGAACAGUGGUGCUACUACAGGCUGACUGGAGAUGCUCUGCAGAAGUAUAUGUCAGUGGAUGAUUAA